AUGACUGUUAAUGGUGUUGUGCAUGGUUCAUUCAAAGAAGCUUGCUAUGCAUUGGGAUUGUUAAAUGACGACAAAGAGUACAUUGAUGAAAUUGAGAAAUUGUUGAGAAGUUUUGGUAGGAGUUUACGAGAAUUUGAAGGCAUUCCUUAUCCAAGUUCGGAAUACUUCAAGUUUGAUGAAAAUACAUUGAUUAAUGAUGAACUGAGGUAUGAUAGAAGAGCUUUAACAGAGGAACACAAAGUUUUGAUUACUCAACUUACAGACGAGCAACGUUGUGUGUAUGAUACUAUUAUGAGUGCAGCACAAUCAAAUUCUGGAGGAAUGUUUUUCAUAUAUGGAUAUGGAGGUACGGGAAAAACUUUCAUAUGGAACACACUCUCUGCAGCUCUUAGAUCAAAAGGAGAGAUUGUUUUAAAUGUUGCUUCAAGUGGUAUUGCAUCUCUGUUAUUACCUGGUGGGAGAACCGCUCAUUCACGAUUCAAAAUUCCCAUAAACGUUAAUGAGGAUUCCACAUGCAAUAUUCAUCAAGGAUCUCCACUUGCAGAGUUGAUUAUUAGGUGUAAACUUAUUAUUUGGGAUGAGGCGCCAAUGAUGCAUAAGUUUUGUUUUGAAGCUUUAGAUCGAAGUCUACGAGAUAUAAUGCGUUUUGUCAAUCCGUCAAGUGCAUACACGCCUUUUGGAGGGAAAACAAUUGUAUUUGGUGGUGAUUUCAGACAAAUAUUACCUGUUAUUCCAAAAGAAAGCCGACAGGAUAUUGUUUUUGCCACAAUAAAUUCUUCAUAUCUUUGGAGAUAUUGUAAGGUUUUGCGGUUGACAAAAAACAUGAGACUUCAAAAAAUGGGUUGUAACGAUGAAGCUAUGGAGUUGGAAGAGUUCUCUAAAUGGAUUGCGAGUAUAGGCGACGGAACAAUUGGAGGUUCAAAUGAUGGUCAUGCCAACAUUCAGAUUCCCGAUGAUAUUUUGAUAAAAUGGUCAGGAAAUCCGAUUGAGCAUAUUGUUAACACCAGUUAUCCAUCACCUUUUACUGAUAAUGCAGAUUCAACUUAUCUACAAGAACGAGCAAUACUUGCUCCGACUCUUAAUGUAGUUGAAUCUAUAAAUCAGUACAUGAUUGCUUUGAACAAGAGUGAAGGCCAACUAUAUAGAAGCUCAGAUUCAACUUCUAGAUCUGACUCAACGACUGACUUGAUGCAACAGCUACACACUCCAGAAUUCUUAAAUAGUAUCAAAUGCUCAGGAGUACCAAAUCAUGAAAUCUAUUUGAAGGUGGGAACUCCGGUAAUGUUGUUGAGAAAUAUCGAUCAUGCUAACGGAUUAUGCAAUGGCACUCGAUUGAUGAUAACAAGACUUGGUCGGCAUGUAUUAGAAGCAAAAAUUCUUACAGGAGAAAAUGCUGACCAAAAAAUUUUGAUUCCAAGAAUGUCAUUGACUCCAGCUGAUCCGAGAUUGCCUUUCAAGUUUGAGCGACGACAAUUUCCUAUAAUUGUCUCAUACGCAAUGACGAUCAACAAAAGUCAAGGCCAGUCGCUUUCUCAUGUUGGUUUAUUUUUGCCAAAACCAGUUUUCACACAUGGCCAGUUGUAUGUUGCUGCAUCAAGAGUACGAAGUCGGAGAGGGCUUAAAAUUUUAAUUUCUGAAGAUGGAAGAAAUGAUGCUACUACUACAACAAAUGUUGUAUAUAGGGAAGUAUUCCAAAAUGUGUGAUACAAUGUCUUUUUUAAUUCUUUUAAGUUAUAUUUUCAUUACCAUUAAAUGUUAAGUAUAAUGUUUAUAUGUUGCGUACUUAAAUUGUUGUUCAAAUAUAACGCUCGCCGUGCAUCGCACGGGUGGGCGUACUAGUAUACAUCAUAGUAUAGUUUUUGCUAUAUAAAAAAAAAUUAAUACGCGGAUAAUAAUUAUUACUACUCCAUAGUUACUAAUAUAAAGAUUGCAAGUGUGAUUAGCAUUAAAAGACACGCACACUUAUUGCCAAAUGAGCUGGCAUCCCUUAUUUUUUUUCUUUUUCAUUUUUUGUUUGUUUUUUUUUUUCAAUUAAUUAAGCUAUCAUCCGGUUUUCAUUUUCUCUCCUCUUUAGCUUAUCUUCUACGCACCAUUUGUCUCCAUUUAUCUCUCCAGAAAAUCAAUGUAUCCUGUCUCUUCGUUUCUCUCCAAAAACUCAACCCACAAUAAGUAUUUUCUCCUCUAAAAAUCUGGCAUUUCUCCAUUCCUCUCCAUUCAAAGUCACAGUAACAAGAUGAGUAUUGUUUGAGAAGAUCAAGAACUUUGUCGACACAAUUCCUUCCCCUCUUAAGAGAGCACCAUCGCGUGAAAGUAGAAAGAAUUGAAUCAGGAGAUGAAGAUAAGUCUUAUCCACGCCAUUCAUUCCCUCUUAAGGGAGAAUUAAGAAGAAAAGAGAAAACGAAACAAGAUUUUAGAGGGAUGGAGGAUGAAGAUGUAUAUCUAUGAAAAAUGAAGCUAAAAUGGGUUGCUAGAAAGUAGAGCACUGAACUUUUUUUUAUUUGCAAAGGUUGGACUAAUUGUUUUGUUCCUCGAUGGUGGUAGCAACUCGGCGCCGGGAGUAACUGUUGUUGGACGAAAAAAUGGUGCUAUAUUAGAGAAAAAAUAAACACAUGCGAUUAAUGACUCAAACAACGAUGCUUGAUGACACAACGAAGGUGUAGUAAUCACCAAUGGUGGUGGAUUUGAAGGCGUUCACCAUGGUGUAUUUAAUGGAGAAAUUUGAUAUAUUUUCGUUGCCAACUGUUUAAAAUCGCGUGUACAUCACUCGAACCGGAACCGAUAUAGUAUAAAAUUAAGGGUAGACGUAGAUGCGCACCUUCCUCAAUUGCGCAGCAUAGAAUUUACCCGAGCAAAUUCAAGGAACAAUCCGUUAUGUCCCACUUCUUUCUCUUCAAAGUCACGAUC